AUGGACGGCAUGGCUUCCCUGACCAUCGGUGACCAGAAGAGAGGAUACUAUGGAGCUGCGUCCGGAUCCGCUCUCUUACGACAGAUCCUAUCAGCCCGCCCCGACGGCGAAGAGGUCGACAACGACGUUGCACUCCACGAGAUUGAAUCUCUAUUCCAGCAGCACUCAGAUCACUCGCAGUGGUUCCGCUCACAAGCCAUGCUGACCAGAGUCGCUGUCGAAAAUCUCAUCGACGCAUUCUUCGUCUUUUACCAUCCCACAUUCCCUAUCGUCCACGAGCCCACCUUCAGAGCCCAGUACGCAGGGACACUUCCUUGCGCCAACAAAGGCCACUGGAAUACCCUCGCAAAUAUCCUUGCGGCGCUGGGAUCCUUUGCGAGCAGUAACGUGGCCGACGCAACCGACCUUCCCAUCUUCCAGGCAGCGCAAAAAAGCUUGUUUUCAAACUAUCUCGAAGUUGGGAAUCUCACCCUUGUGCAGGCGUUUAGUCUAUCGUCGAAUUAUAUGCAAAAAAGGAAUAAGCCCAAUACCGGGUUCAACUAUGGCGGGCUAGCUAUCAGACUGGCUAUCGGCUUGGGUCUUCAUAAAGAUUUGGAAGGGAAUAGUUUGUCGCCUUUGCAAAGUGAGACGAGGCGUAGGAUAUGGUGGUGUUUAUGUGUGCUCGAUGUGGGCGCUACGAUUACCUAUGGAAGACCACUGAACUGGCCUCAGGCUGGUGUCGAGACAGCGUUCCCUCAAAACAUACAUGAAAAGCCUACCAUCUCAGCACGAUGA